GACGGCAACGGAAAGCGUGUCAUUGAAUGGAAAAAACUUUACGCAAAAAACGGUGUCAUCGCUGAAGAGCUGCAACUGUCGGGUCAGCCGGUGUUCGGCAACUGGACUAUCGUUGCCGAGGCGUUGGGACGCAACACAACGAAGUCAUUCAUUGUGGUCGACAAUGUGUUGCCCACAUUCAACGUGGAGGUAGUGUUGCCAACAUUUGUAGCCAUAUCUUCGGCUUCAAAAGUGGACGCAACUAUUAGAGCAUUUGAUUCUAAUGGCAGGCCUGUUAAGGGCGACCUUACUCUUAACGUUCGGGACUAUCAUUAUAAUACGGGUAAAUUUCGACUAAAGACUACUAUCGACGGAACCGCUACAAUAUCCGUCCAUUUGUUCGACGAUAUAGACCUCGAUCGACCCAUACGUGCCUCCAAUGGCGUUGACAUUAAAUUCAUGGCACAAGUGAGGGACAGUUUGACCGGAAAACAGUACAACGGAUCCAAUACAGUGAUGGCGUAUAACAGGGAUGUGUGGGCAGAGUUGGUAAAUAAACCGGAGACAUACAAACCGGGGCUGAAGUACACGGCUAUCAUUAAAGUGGUCACACAAGACGGUAAACCUGUGGCCGAUAACGGACCGCAACUGACACUCAAAUACGGCUAUUCAUGGGAUGGCAAGGAAUGGAAGGACAAACCAUUGGUGUUGACGCCGACCAAUGGACUCAUUAAAGUGGACUUAUUUCCGCCCAAAGAUGGGGGAGACGUUAUGAUAAUUAAGGGCGAAUAUAUUUAUCCGGGACACUUUUACCAGUUGGCCACUACCAAGAGGGCUGAGUCCCGGUCGGGGAAUUACCUCCAAGUGAUCCGCGCGGACACAACCGACAUCACUGUCGGACAGGACGUGAAAUUCAUAGCGACUGCGACCGAACCUAUCACACGAUUGGUGUGCGAAGUGAUGGGAAGGGGAAACAUAGUGUGGGCCAAGAGUUUAGACAUUGCGACCGAUAUUAGGGCCGGCUUUGAGUUCAGUAUCGUUACUACCCGUCAAAUGGCGCCGACGGCGAGAAUGAUGUGCCAUUACGUGCGGCCCGACAACCAGGAAGUGGUGGCCGACGUUCUCAACAUCGCUGUGGCGUUGGUUCGGACGCCCGUCACAGUCGCGACCAAACCGGGAGCGAUGGCCGGCGUUUGGGCCGAGCCUUCUGUCAAUAUACUCGGUGUCGAUGUCUGCGCCGAUGAUGUGAUGAACCAAUUGAAAGCUUACGUUAUUGACCCAACAGAUAGUGAAUAUUUUAGUCACGUUAAUCCCGGAUCGAAAACAGCUCCUGAAGUAUCGGAUGGGGUUGUAAUGGAUGAUGAGGUGGUGGUGGGGCGGGAAUGGGUGGCCGCACCACCACCUGCUUCCCAAUCCAGUCAAUGCCAGUCUGUGUCUUAUGAUUGCAGUGAAAGCGGAGUUGAGUGA